UUUUAAACGCAUUAUAUUUUCUUUAUAAUGUUUACAAAUAUUUUAUCUCAGUUUUAUUUUGUAUUAUUUUAUUUUUUUAGUGUCUUGUCUUAUAUUGACGGUUCGUUACUUUCACGUGUUAAGAACCCUGUGGAACAUGUGUCAGGCUCCACUAUAUCCUACAUUCUGCCAAAGAACGUAUACAGAUACGAGCCUUACAGAGGACACAGAACGUUGUGGAAACCUACUCGCACGACGAAGUCAGAACCAUAUAGUGCAUUGCCUUCUCGAACGAAAACUUCCAAAAGAAAACAACAAUAUGAAGAGCAUUCAUCACGCCAUCACAUAGAUGUUCCUACAAAAAAGACUUAUUGGCACCAUUUUUAUGAUGACGAGGAGGCUUGGCCUAAAGUAGUAUUAGUUUUAUCUAGUACUGAAAUAACGACUACCCAAAAAAAAAUAAAAAAAACUUUUGCAAGUUAUUUUCCCCCGCUUAACAAAAACAUACCAAAAGAAACCGUUGAUCUGAAUGACAGCGAUGAGGACGAAGAUGAUGAACAGAUAUUGAAUAAUAAUGAUGUAGGCAUGAACUGGAUUCCUGUUAAUUUUGAGAAUACCGGUGACAGCGCUCACUUGGAACAAGGAGACGAUAUGGAAACUGAAGAGUUUGAAGAUAAUCCACAAAGAACUUCAAGAAUAUACACUAUUUCAAUGAGUGAUUAUAAUUAUAUUAUUCACACCAUUCCAACGACUAGAGAAGUUAUGGAUAGAAAGUAUUUUUUUAUAAAGCCCGGAAUACUUAGGAAGCAAGGGCAUGAUGAUGAUAGUAGUACUACUACCACUACUACUCCCACUACCACUACCACUACCACUCCCACUACCACUACCACUACCACUACCACUCCCACUCCCACUACCACUACCACUACAACUACCACUCCCACUACCACUACUACUACCACUCCCACUACCACUACCACUCCCACUACCACUCCCACUACCACUACCACUACCACUCCCACUACCACUACCACUACCACUACCACUACCACUACCACUACCACUCCUACUACCACUACUACUACCACUCCCACUACCACUCCCACUACCACUACCACUCCCACUACCACUACCACUACCACUGCCACUACCACUACCACUACCGCUACUACGACUACUGUUAGUGAUGAUGAAGAUGGUGGAGGUGCAAGUGCUGAAGGAACUACUACCACUAUCGCUCCGACACGGACUACUACUACUACCGCUCCGACACGGACUACUACUACUGAUGAUGAUACUACUAGUACUACCACUACUACGACUACUGCUAGUACUGAUGAAAGUACUGAAGGAACUACUACCACUACCGCUCCGACACGGACUACUACUACUGAUGAUGAUACUACUAGUACUACCACUACUACGACUACUGCAAGUACUGAUGACAGUGCUGAAGGAACUACUACCACUACCGCUCCGACACGGACUACUACUACUGAUGAUGAUACUACUAGUACUACCACUACUACGACUACUGCUAGUACUGAUGAAAGUGCUGAAGGAACUACUACCACUACCGCUCCGACACGGACUACUACUACUGAUGAUGAUACUACUAGUACUACCACUACUACGACUACUGCAAGUACUGAUGACAGUGCUGAAGGAACUGCUACCACUACUGCUCCGACACGGACUACUACUACUGAUGAUGAUACUAAUACUACUACGACUACUGCUAGUACUGAUGAAAGUUCUGAAGGAACUACUACCACUACCGCUACCGCUACGAAACAAACUACUACUACGAAACGAACUACUACUAAGAGACGAACUACUACUAAGAGACGAACUACUACUACCACUCCUUCUACUAAACGAACGACUACUCAACCACCAUCUGUCCAUUGCUAUCAAUGCGGAUUGAACGUAACAGAAAUUCCAAACACACCAACUUGUUACCACAUUUUUGAACACCCAGAUCGCAAAUAUUAUCAUUUAAGAAAAAAUUACAGGGUAUUUUGUGAGAGAAAGAAAUCUAUUAAGCGCAAAGGAACCCCUAAAUUCGACCCGUCACCAGAAAAAUUAUUCAAAGGUGAAAUGGCUUCUUUUUUGAGAUAUCCUAGCGUUUAA